CAAACAAAAUCAUACCGCUGAUAUCGCGGCCGCACGUCAAUUUGUGAUAAAUUGAUAAGCUCAGUACUUGUUGAUUUUGAUAAAAUCAUUUUGAUCAAUAGCAAAACAAAACUUAUUUCAGUUAGUGCUGUAGGAAGCGGACAAAAUGAAGUCGCUUACAUUUAGUGUCCUACCAAAGUUCGAAAUCUUUGUGUUAUUAUGCAUCAUACAUUCAAUUUACGGAAGAAUGUUUGGUGAAGAAGGAUAUUAUCCAGCUGGUUACUACGACAGCCAGCAAGUUCAAUACGAGAAAAUAAAAACUGCGCUUACGAAGCUGGAACACACCCCACAAUGGGUGAGUGAUUGGCCAGACCCAUCUAUUAGAAUGGGUCAGGUGUCAGGAGUAGCUAUAGACAACUCUGGCCAGGUGCUGGUAUUCCACCGGUCCCAUAAUGUUUGGGAUGCAACUACUUUCAACAACAGGGAUGUGUAUCAGGGUAUUGGUGAGAAUGCUAUACCUGAACCAACUAUCUUGGUGCUCAAUGACACCGGAGAGCUUGUUGAUAUGUGGGGACAAAAUCUGUUCUACAUCCCGCACGGCAUCACAGUUGACAAUGAAGGCAAUGUGUGGGUAACUGAUGUGGCUAUGCAUCAAGUCUUCAAGUUCACACCAGAUGAUAAAGUUAAGCCAAACAUGACACUAGGAGAGAAGUUUAUACCGGGCAACGAUGACAAGCAUUUCUGCAAGCCGAGUGCAGUUGCCGUUCUAGCUAAUGGUGACUUCUUUGUGGCGGAUGGCUACUGCAACCACAGGAUCCUCAAGUUUUCCCCAGAUGGAACCAUCAUUCUACAGUGGGGGAUAAGUCACGGCAACUCUCCGUUUGCGUUCAACGUGCCUCACGCGCUUACGCUAGCAGAGGACCGCGGCUUGGUCUGUGUAGCUGACAGGGAGCGAGGCAGGGUGGCCUGCUUCCGACAUGAUAAUGGAACCUAUGAGGGCAGCUUCAGCAGCUGGCUGAUGGGCGGACGACUGUUCAGCGUCGCUUAUGCUCCAGUUCAUGGUGGUCGCCUCUACAUAGUGAACGGACCAAACAGCUUACCAACGCCAGUGCCAGUUCGAGGCUUCGUGAUCGACUUCUCCACCGGCCGUCUCAUACAAACUUUUGCUCCUGACGAGGGUCUGAGAAACCCACACGACGUCGUAGUGUCAGCGGACGGCUCAAAGGUCUACGUAGCAGAAUUAAAUCCCUUCAGAGUGUAUAAGUUUGUGGAUGAAGCAUUAAAAAAUGAAAGUCGGUUGGAGAAGAAUGUGACGUCAUCGCAUGUGAAACCCACUGCAACUGUCGAGGUAGUGGGCAGCGUGGGGGCGGGCGGGGGCGCGUGGGAGUGGUGGAGCGGCGCGCUCGGGGGCGCGGGGGGCGCCGCCGCCGCCGCGCUGCUCGCUCUCGCCGCGCUCGCCCUGCUGCGCGCCAGGAACACGGGUAAGGGAUACGAGGCCGAGCCCCUCGUGCACUGAACACACGACACCUACAUCAUACGACACUACUUUCCCUACACUCGACAAAUACCCUUAAAUACUUAAAAUCCUGGUCUUUUCCCAAUGACAUCUACCGUUCUUACUCACUAGAUGGCGUUAAUAACGCAAUUGCCCAGUUCGGCCAAUCACAGUCGCUGUCAAAAAUGUUAAGACCAAUGGCUGGCCCUUAGCAAAUAAGUCUAUUGACUAUUAGACAAUAGACCUAACACUAUAUUAUACUGGCAAUCCUAGUGACAAUUUCAUUACUUUUGGGUUUUAGGUAGAUUCAGGAGCAAUAUAUCUGAACGCAUUACAUGAGCCCAUGACAAUUAUUGUCGAUUUUUGAGGUUUUCGACUAUUAUUACGACAGCGAAAAUUUUAUUUUGCUUUGUUUAUAUUUAAUACAAUUUGGAACGAUAAAAAAUACCUUGUAAUUAAAUGAAAUGAAAUGAAUGAACUUUAUUACAUUAUCCUAAAGUUCUUAUUAAUUCUAAUGGCCUCUGGAGUGAGUUACAAACACUAUAACAAGGGUCUAAUUUAUUAAUUAUUGCAUUGUAAUAUGUUACAAAUGAUCUAGCUUUAAUUAUAAUUAUAUAAGUAUUAAUUACGUUAUUUAUUUAUAUACAUAUAUCAUUAUACACUACAUUCCUUAUAUAGGCAGGUACCGUACGCCUUUAUGUAUAAACUGGGUAUAUACAAUACACACACAAACACACUAUAUACCGUCCACAUAUUCCAUACAUAAUACACAAUAUUAUGUCAAAUAUUAGUUUCAAACAUUUUAUUGUAGGUACAAAAUAGGUACUUACCACGAUUACCUUCUUCUUCUUCUUAUAGUGCCUCUUCAAUGUUGAAGGUCGGCCGUCAGCUUCUUGUAUUUCUCCUUGUCGGUAGCCAUGCGGAACAAUUGUUCGACAGAUGUAAUGCCGGUCCACUCCCGGAUGUUUCGCAGCCACGAUUUUCUUCUGCGCCCAGCACGUCUCUUCCCCUCCACUUUGCCCAUCAUGAUCAGUUGAAGCAGUGAAUAUCUAUCGUGUCUAAGCACGUGGCCGAGAUAUUCGAUUUUUCGCUUUUUGAUGGUCAGCAUAAUUUUCCGGGUCAUUUGGACGCGCUGUAGCACGGAUUCGUUGCUGACCCUUUGUGUCCAGCUGAUUCGGAGCAUACGACGGUAACACCACAUCUCGAAUGCAUUUAUACGUCUCGUAGUGUCCUCCUUCACGGUCCAUGCUUCACAUCCGUACAUGACUAGAGGCCAGAUGUAGCAGAAGAGUAACCUAAUUCUGAGCUUAAUGUUUAUUUGACGACAACACAGAACUUUCCUCAUUUUGUUAAAAGAUGCUCGGGCAAUUUCUAUCCGGGUCUUAAUUUCUUGAUCUGAUUCCCAUACUUCAUUUACCCAAGCACCGAGAUACUUGUAUUGUCGUACUCGUUCGAGUGGUUUGCCAUCUAUGUUUAUAAUUGGGUCAAGAUCAGGAUUUUUGGAGACAACCAACCAACGAUUACCACAGACUACAAAUAAAUACACAUCGCUUUUAUUUUUUUUUUUUUCAGUAAUAUCUGAUCUACAUAUUUUUAUGUAAAGACGGUUUUUUAUAACUUUAUAAUAUAUGAACCUAUGCAUGUAUUUGAAAAUGGAUGAAUGAAUUUUUUUUAAUUUACAAAAUAUGGAAACAAGUUACUUAAUUGUAUGCAUUUAUAUUCAUAAUUUUUAUUAAUGAAGAAUUUUCUAGGUAUAAUAUUCUAAGUGAAAAUUAUAUAUAUAUGGUUUUAAACUUGGACAUAAACUAUGUUUAACAGUAUUAGUUACAUACAUGAAAAAUGUUGUCUUAAUCAGUUCUGGAAGAUUCUCCAUUAAUGAAAUUGAAAUACAGAUAAAAUAUACAAAUAUUUUACAAUUUUUAUUGUCUGUGAUUGAUGCAAGUAAAAGGGGCUUAAGCAUAAUAUUUUAAGUAUAUAGUUUUAAUUAUUAUAACCCUAAUGGUUAUAAAUAUUAAUGUUUUAAACCUUAAUUCUUCAAAGAUUUGUUGUUUAACAAAUAAUUUAUGUAUUUAUAAGCUAAAAGUAGAUGUAAUAAUUACGCUAUUUUAAAGGGGUUGUAAACCUAUUAAAUAGCUAUUUGUCCAUAGCACAUUUACUUUAAUUUUUUAUUAUAACAUUAGACAAGGAAAUUAAUGAUCUUAUAGCUAUAAUAUUUCGAAGAAUAUAUUUAUGCGAAUAGACAAUUUUUUUUAUAUCUCUACAAAUCUGUCACAGACGAAGUCUUUCCUUUAUCGAAUUUAAAAAAGGUCUAAGUACAGUGGCCAGCACGUCAAGCUAUCCUUGUCUGUCAAAUUUAUCUAUUACAUCUUCAACUUUAUAAUAUUGUCAUAAAGUCGAAAAUCCAAUCAAUUUGACAGAUAGGAGUAGGUUCAUCUCCUGUUUACUGUACAUAAAAUUAUUAUCGCAAUUUUGAAUGUGAUUAAAGUUCCUAUUUAUUAACACUUGUCCAUAGCAAUUAGUAACUUUGUCUAAUGCUAUAUUUUUAUGGAUCUUUUAUUCAAAAUGUGGGUUGUUUUUACAUUGGUUUCUCUGUAGCUCGAAUAAAAUUGAGAUCUUUGUUUUUUUUUGUAUUUUUGUUUUGUUUAUAAGUUUAUCCGAGAGGUUAUCUAUAAUGUAGUGUUAAAAUAUAUUACUAUUGGUGUAAAAUAGUUCCUGGAAAGUUGCAUGUUUACGAUUAAUGUUUGAGACAUGUUUAAAUUGUAUACUUAACUAUUUUGCAUCAUUUUAUCACGCCAUUGGGAUUUUUCUAGAAGCUUAUGACCGCCAACGAAAUAUUAGGUAUAUAAAAUAUAAAUUAGAUAUCAUACCUUUUUAGUUUUAUGUACACGAGUAUGUUCUAUAUUGAUUUUGUUGGCGGUAGUAAGAGUAAUGUUAUGUGCUUCGCCUCAGUAAAUUGAAAACUGAAAUUAGAUUAUGUAAACGAAGACAAGUGUUACUAAUUUACACAAUUUUACACUCAUUAUUGCCAAGAACAUAUUAUCGUCGCGUCGAAGACAUUUAUUUUGCUGAGGCGAAGCACAGUACAUAAAUAAAUCGAUACACUAGUCCGUUUGUCACAUUAUUCAGUUCUGUUAUUUCUUUUUACACAAAACCACUUUAAUUUAUUAUUUGCGCUUUCAAAUAUUGUGAUUGUGAACAGUUGUGAUGUGCAGUAACAUAGUUGUUUAAAUAUAUUUAUUGGAAGCAGC